AUGUCGGCUCUCUCCUCCUCCCCAACGAAUUACUCCAUCUACGCCAUCCCCGCCUUCUAUGUCCUCGUUCUUCUCCCACAAGCCCUUGGCACCUUCGCCAUCUUACGUGCCAACAACUACAACUUCGACAACGCGAACCCGCGCGGCCAGAACUUCCAAUCUUCGCUUCGCAAGUCGCUCCCAAAGUCAACCCUCGCUUUCUAUGAGCGCGCGAACGCCGCCCACAAUAACGGCUGGGAGAAUUUCAUCCUUUUCACGGCAGCCGUGAUUUGUGGCAACUUGGCGCGACUAGAUGUGGGAACCUUGAAUGGGGCGGCAGGGGCUUUCCUUGCGCUUAGAACAUUAUACGUGGGUGUUUAUUUAGGAGUGGAGCGUCGGAAACUCGCGUGGUCGAGAACCGGGAUCUGGGCGGCGGGUGCGGGAUGUUGUUUGUAUCUGCUGGCGGAGGCGGGAAGAGUCGUGGCCAGCGGUGGGCCCCUGGCGGUAUGA